CUUCCAGCAAUUGGUUUCAACGUUGAGACAGUAACAUACAAGAAUCUGAAGUUUCAAGUCUGGGACUUGGGAGGGCAGACAAGCAUCAGGCCAUAUUGGAGAUGUUACUAUUCUAAUACGGAUGCAGUCAUCUAUGUAGUGGACAGCUGUGACAGAGACAGAAUUGGAAUUUCAAAGUCUGAGCUUGUUGCCAUGUUGGAGGAAGAAGAACUAAAGAAAGCUAUUUUAGUGGUGUUUGCAAAUAAACAAGAUAUGGAACAAGCUAUGACUCCUACAGAGAUGGCAAAUGCACUUGGACUUCCAGCUCUGAAGGACAGAAAAUGGCAGAUAUUCAAAACAUCUGCAACCAAAGGCACC